AAGUACAGAUAUCAACACCUACAUAAGCUCUGGCAGCUGAGCUUUGUUUUCAAUACCAAAAUCCAUUUAGCCUCAAUAAAAUCUGGAGCCGCAGCCAAGGAGCAGCCAGUCAUUACAUAAACUGCCCCAACAUGUUCUUUUGGCAAUUUCCCUCCAGGAAAAUAAGGAGUUGUCUUUGUAGUCUGUGGAUAGGCACAUGCCUUGCUGUGUAAAGAGCCAGGUGUUUUAAUGGGUGUUAUAUAGGAGAUUACAUAAGCGAUGCAUGAUUUUGUCCAGACUAUUUUGAACUACACCUGUUAACAGAGAUAGCAGGUAGAAUAUGAGCCCUCUGUCUGAAAAUAGUCACACGGGAACUGGGUCCCUAGUUUUGGCUCUCCAACCCCUCUCAUUGAGAAAAAGGUUUAAUGUGAGUUAAACGUAAGUAUCUGUUAAUGUGAACAUAAGCACACUGCAGCUCUGUACACCUGAGGUUGUCGUAUUGAAUAUUCUGAAGAGAGUACAAUUACAUUCUUAAAUUCCUUUUUAGUGUUUAAAAAAAUAUCCAAAGCGAAGCCAUGCCUUUGCAGUUGGUUUCCAACUGCACCUCCCAAUGGAAUAUAGUUUCCACAAAUGGUGGAAAUGUGUCUUGAGUCCAGCAUUUUGAGGCGUCUGAGAAGUCACCCCCGAAUGGCCACCUGUCUUCAGCAUCCACCCUGUCUAAUAGAGUACAUCUGAUCCUAGAAGCUCCCUUUUGUAGGGCAGGCGUCUGACUUCCCUGCUUAGGACCCAGCAGGCGUCGGCGAAGGCGUCUUGGCUGCAGCCGCAGCAGCUCCGGGCUGAGGAGGUGGAGCUGCAGUUCUUAAAAAAGACCAGCCUUGUUUACUGCAAGCAAGAAAACGAGUCGUACAGAGCGGGGCUGCAGCGUCGCGCUGCUCUGGCGAUGGAGCCCAGCCGGGCUCGGGCGCUACUCGUGAGCUGCUGGGCGCUGCUCGCCUUGGCCUCCGCCGCCGAAGAUGUUACCUCUAGUGUAUUACCUCCUGUUACUGCUAAAACUGUGGAUGCUGCAGAAGAAGACCAUGUUUUUGAAUCUGCUAACAGCUUACCAUCCCGGAGUGAGGCAGCUGCUGUUCAGCCCGUUGUUGGUAUUAGCCAGCGGGUCAAGAUGCGAUCAAAUGAAAAAAAAGAUUUGGGCACUCUAGGCUAUGUGAUGGGACUUACCAUGAUGGUGAUCAUCAUUGCCAUUGGAACAGGAAUUGUCGUGGGAUACAUCUACAAAAGGGGAAAAGAUCUCAAGCAGCAGCAUGAGCAGAAAGCUUAUGAGCGUGAAAUGCAGAGGAUCACGUUGCCACUCUCAGCUUUCACCAACCAAGCCUGUGAGCUAGUGGACGAGAACACAGUUGUGGUGCACACCACUCAGACACCUGUGGAGGAAAUGCACAAUGGCGACGCACCCUUGAUGGGCCAGGCAGGCACUCCUGGAGCCUGAUUACAAAGCACUAAGAGAUAACCCUGCUUUGACCACCAUAAGCCCCUCUCCUCUCAUCCUUGAUAAUGGGAGUUCAUUUUUUUUUCCAGUAAGGGAGGGAUAAGAUGCCCACACAGACAGAAAAGAUUUGUAAAGGGUGUCAGAACUGGCCUAUCCAUAGUCUGCUGAUGCGGAGCAGAUCCCUGGACUGUAGAAGGACUAGUGGAGCUGUGACCUGAGGCCGUUCCUCCUCCUGCUACAAGAGAAGUAGCACUAUGGUUCCUGCAGUGAAGUGCAGCGAGUCUGCUGCUCAAGAGGCCACUGUCCUCUCCCUUCAGUUCUCCUUUCAGUGUGGAUGGUGUUCACAAUUCCUGGUACCUAUAACUUGGGGGGAUUCAAGCUGUUCUCCCCCCCCUUUUUUUAAAAAAAGUGUUUGAAUAUUUGAAUGUAGAUUUCAUUUAUGUGUGAGAGACAACUGCCAAAAGAGUGGCAGUGCCACCACCAAAAUCCUGGCACAUGUCUGUGUUUAGUGAUUGAGGGAUUUAAUUUGGCAGUGAAUAAUUAUACUUUUUUAAAAGCCAGGUAGUGUGUGGAAAGCUUCCCAUAUGCUGAAGAUUCAGCUGUAGCUGAGGAUGGCUUUCUUAGUACUAGGCCAAGGGAGAAUGAGGAAAAAAAUCAUGGCAAAAAACAAACCUUUUCCACUGCCCCCCAAACUGUUAAAAACAAUCCAGGUCUUCCACAGCCCAAUCCUUACCUGCCUGAAAUUAAGAAAUAUGGUCCUCUGUUCCUGCAACUUGCUAAGACCCUCUGAGUCUCUGGGAUCAGGGAACAGCCUAGAGCCAAGGAAGCAACUCCUCCUGAAGCUACCCAGUUAGAUUGAGCAGGAAUGGAGAAUUUUGACCUCAUAGGGAUUAUUUCUACACUCCUUUCCCCAGAGGUUCAUUUCCAGGGAGAAAAAAAAAAUGUUUGCUAGGCUAAACCUGACCAAAAAGACUUUGCUAAAAGGAAAGUGCCAGUCAGUGACAAUGGGAUGGCUUGUUGUUUCAAGAGUGAAAGGUUCAGGGCCUUUUCCUGAAAAGUAGCCAGUUUGGAUGUAAAGACUACUUAAGCAGCUGUAUUAGUAGAGUUUAAGCACUUAUGGGUGAAUUUUGGCCAGAGCUGGAUGGAGACAGGAAGAGAAAGUAUGGAAAAUAUACGAAGACCAGCUGUCCCUUGUAUAGCUGAAUGUGACAGCAAAGGGCUGAUUCCACCCAUACAGAUCUUUUAACCCUUCUCCACUCCAGGCCUCCAAGCUGCCAAGAAUAGAGAUUUCUUGCAAAUUAUGUCCAUGAGCAAGAACAAGGGAAACAUUUUUAAAUUUUUAAAAUGCCUUUGAAUACCAUUUCUUUGUAAGCAUCUUAAAAUACCUCAUGAUUAUGAAAUAAACUAUUCAGGUUGU